AUGAUAUUACUACCAAAAUUCUUCCAUUCACAAGCUCAUGCAAAAGUCACCAUUGACGAUGAUACUGGUUACUUUGUUGAUCCACAAGGAUUUAUUAAAUUAUUUCAUGGAAUCAACUGUGUGCAUAAAGUCGCACCAUUUUACUUUCCAAAACUACUUGACCCUCAUUCAUUCAGAGUACUUAGAGAUUGGGGAAUUAAUGUUAUACGAUUAGAAUUCAACUGGAUAGCAUUAAAACCACAGGAAAACGAAAUCAGUCGAGAGUACUUAGAUAUCAUUGAAACGAUUAUCGACAAUGCUGGAUUAUAUGGAGUUUAUAUCAUCAUUGAUUUGCAUCAAGAUGGAUUAUCGAAACGUCUAGGUGCAAUUGAUGCUGUGCCUAAUUGGUUUAUGGAUAAAAUAAAGCGACCACCAUAUUUAUUUCAAUACCCUUGGCCACUAACGAAAGAUCCAAGUAAAAGCCAAUGGUUUCUAACGUACGCCACAUAUGAGAGUGCACAUGUAUUUGAAAGUAUAUAUAAAAAUGUUUCAGGAAUAUGGAAUUAUUUUGCAGAAUAUUGGAUGAUAACAACUAGUCGUUUCGGGAAGAAAGAUAAUGUUUUAGGUUAUAAUUUGAUAAAUGAACCACCACCUGGAAAUUUUUAUUUAAAUCCAUUCCUUCUUUUGCCUAAUAAUGCAGGUCACAGUCUCUUAUCAUUUUAUGAUUAUUUGGUAAAUGUUAUUCGCCAAACAGACAAGAAUACAUUGAUAUUUUACGAAAGUGUAACUUAUGGAAUAUAUUUUCCAUUUGUUAAUGGAAUACCUGGUACUGGUAUCCAACGUGUUCCCGGCUUAUUACAAGAUGAGACGGCCAGAAAGAAGAGUGUAUUAUCUUAUCAUUACUACUGUUGGUUAUUGGAAUCGACACCAUCUACAGAGAAUAUGCCAUCAUGGAAACGAUAUUUGUGUGAUAAACUUCUCUUGAAUUAUGCAUUCAAUAAUGCGAGAAGUAUAGUUAAAUACACUGGUGGAGGACGGUUUUUAACAGAAUUCGGUCUGUGUCUUCCUGAUGGCAAUCCAGAUUCAAUAAAUACGGUUGAAUGUAACGCUGUGAUGAGUGCAGCCGACAGGAACUUCGAAUCCUGGACUUAUUGGGACGGAAAUGAAUUAUUUCCCAACUUAAUUGUAGACAACAUUUCCUUGAGAUCAUUCAGUCGUACAUAUCCACAAUCAACUGCCGGUCAACCUGUCAAACUGAGAUUCGAUGUCGAUUCAGGUGUGUUUUAUUAUGCUUUUGUACCCACACAGAAGUAUUGUACAAACGUGGACGCAGCAUUGUUAGUUGCAGAGAUUUUUGUUCCAAUGUCGAUUCAUUAUCCAUAUGGAGUGAGAACCCGUUUUGUACCAGAACAAUUAUAUUAUAAAAUGUAUGAAAAUAAUACUAAUUUAAUGUUUGUCUAUGCACCAUGUACGUUGAUCAACACAAAUAUUGAACUUAUGGAAAUAACGAUCAUACCAAACCAAACACAAUAUAAGCAUUCAGACAACAAUUAUAGCCAUUUACCAACUUAUUCGAAAUCUGUAUCAAUAUUGUUAAUUGUGAACUCCUUGAUAUUUUCACAUCUUUCAACAUAUUUUGACUAA